UAGCAAUGGAACCAAAAGUGUUAAAUGAACGUUUGGUGAAAAACUGAAACGCGUGCUUCUUCUUCUCUCCGGCGACGACUGAAGUAACGUAACGCAACUCACUGACUCUCCAGUCUCCUCCAUGUUCACUGCAGUCUCCACCAGCGACGCCCUCCAUCUCUAGCUCAUCUUCUCUCUGUCUCCAUUUCUGCGUCCUCCACAGCUACAAACCCUAACAAUACUGUCAGAAUCAUUUCCGAGACAAUGAAACGAAAAUAUAACGAUGAUGUGAAACAAGAUCGCCUCAGUGACUUGCCUGAUUCUGUUGUACUUCACAUUCUCUCAUUUUUCAACACCAAAGAGGCAGCACAAACUUGUAUACUUUCCAAAAGAUGGAAGAAUUUAUGGAAGUUUGUUACUACCCUUAAAUUAAGUACUAGACACUUUGAGACUAUCCAUCCUUUCACCAAAUUUGUGUCUCAUGUUUUGUCUCAUCGCGAUGACUCAACCGCACUGCAGGCCCUUGAUUCUCAUCGCGCGAGUAUUGUGGAGGCUUACCUACUAAAAAAGAUUGUAAAAUAUGCUGUUUCACACAGUGUCCAACAGUUACAAAUCAGCGUUGAUGCUGAUUUUCAAUGCUUUCCUCCAUGCUUCUUUUCAUGUAACACUUUAACUUCUCUUAAACUUUCCCUUGGCUUUAAUACAUUAUUUCCAAAUUUUCUAAAUUUGCCGGCAUUAACCAGCUUGUCUCUUCGUAGCUUUGUCUUUCAUAAUAGUGAUGAUGGUCGUGUCGAGCCCUUUUCCAAAUUUAAAAUGUUAAAUAGUUUGAUCAUUGAUAGUUGUAUGGUUUGUGAUGCACAAAACCUUUGCAUAUCAAGUCCCAAGCUUGUUAGUUUAACUAUACUUCAGAGUUAUUUCGGAAUUGAGCUAUCUGUUCCAAGUCUUCAUACCUUUACUUUUACUGGUUGCACUAUUCCGAAUAAGAUCUAUGGGAGCAAGAGCAACCUCUCUACUAUCAAGCAUGUAAAUAUUGAUUUACCAAGUGUUUGGGAAUCGGCGAAGACUUCAUCGGCUCUACUUAGCUGGCUGUCUGAGUUUGCUGGGAUCGAAUCAUUGACUGUCUCUUUAGAUGCCCUCAAGGUUCUUUCCUUAGUUCCUGAACUAUCGAAGGUUGAGCUUCCUUCCUUGCAUAACUUGAAGUUACUGAAAGUAGGAAGGUUCGGACGCUCAUCAAUACCUGGUCGAAUAGUAGACUUUUUGCUUCAAAACUCACCCUCAGCAAAGGUUAACGUGAUAACUUACUCUGGUCAUAACUUCCUCUGGGGAUAACUUACUUUUUAAGGUUUGUAUGACAAAGCGGAAGAGCUAGGGAGAAAAGGACGAAAACAUGGAUGAAGCGAAUGAUAAGGAAACCUUGAUGCUUAUUAUUGGGUUGUGUUUACUUGUGGGAUUUAUCUUUUUAUCUAUUUCAUGUAAUAUUAAUUGGGAGAAAGUAUUAACACAACCUAUAUAUUAUAAUCAAGCAAGCUUAGUAUUUUGUAAGAAAUUUUACAGUAUUUUAAA